CAUUAGCCCUAUAAAUCCCUACUAGGAAUCACUAAUUCUUCAUAUCAUAGGUUUGCAGAGCUCAUAGCUUUCUCACUUAUUGUUUUCCUUAGGUAGAUUCCCAGCACAUUUGAAGAUAUUAGCAAUGAGAAAAGCCAUAGCUGUGCUCUUUAUUGUUAUGAUAAUGUCAUGGACUCCUACUUCUACAGCUAAUUGUCCAGUUAAUGCUGUGAAGCUUGGAGCCUGCGUUGAUCUGCUGAGUGGGCUUGUUCAUGUGAGCGCAGGAGAUCCUGUUGCAAACCAGUGCUGCCCUGUCAUUCAGGGAGUCGCCGCAUUAGAGGCAGCUCUGUGUUUGUGUACAACAAUUAGGGCUAAGGUUCUCGGCCUCAAUGUACUUCUUCCAGUAGCCCUCAGCCUUGUUGCUUCCUGUGGAAAGACUGUUCCAGCUGGAUUCAAAUGCCCUGCUCAGUGAGCUGCUCCUUUGAUUUGAUAUGCUAUGGAGGUUGUUGUGUUUUUGUCAAGUUUUCUUCUUAAUUUUGUUGCACGCCAUCAAGAUGUUAAUGAUUUCCUACUAAGGCACUAUGAAAUUCAUGUUAUAGAAGUUAUAAGCAAUUUGUAGCUGUGUGAGGGUUUUAGAGUGAUUGUAAGGUUGGUGUAAUUUGAAGCAGUGCAUAUUAUUAUUAAAUAAAAGAGUGGAAAUAUAAGCCCACUAAAAUUUAUCUGA